AUGGACGCUCUAUACGAAAUUGCAGCCACCCGACCCUCCCUGACAAUCUUCAGCAAUCUACGGACCCUUUCUGUGCGCUGGGAUAGCCCCUUCCUAUCGCCUACAUUCACGUCUUCCACCAUCACGAAACUCACCAUUUCCAUCGACUCUCACAAUGGACGUGAGGCAGAUGACAUCGCCACUUCCAAGGCCGAACAGAUAAUCGAGUCAAUGCCAAAUAUCAGUAAGCUCAGCCUGUCGACCACAAAAAUAUCAACCCCGUUCUGGGAUACAUUCGUAUGUCAACUCUUACCGGGGCUAACUUCGCUCACCACUAUCGCCGUACCUGCACGGUUUCUGUCCGCACCUAUCGUCUCCGUGGCUUCACGUUUACCCAACCUCCGCUGUUUGGGGGACCGCGGGAGUCUUAACACGACUUCAAAACUGCCAACGUUUCAACCUGUUCUGCAAGCUGGAGCGUUUUCUUCGCUUCGCAACCUUUAUUUUGCGGCUUUGGUAUCGGAAGCCACAAAGUUCAUCAACGAUGCCCACCUUCACCUCGAACAACUCAGCGCUCUGGGUCUCAGCAUCGACACCAAACGCUACGCUGCCCACGCACCCAGUGAUCUCUUUACAUUUUUGGAGAGCUUGGCCAUCAAGUGCCCUCACCUUGAUACUCUACGCCUCAUCGUAGCUAGAGGGAUGAAGAACGUCCCUGUGAUUCGCUUUCAAGACAUCGCACCUAUCCUCAACCUGAGGCGUAUUACGAAGUUUAUACUCCAUAGUCCUUUGUCUGUCGAGAUGACAGACGAGGAAGCAGGAGUGCUCGCUGCCGGGCUUCCCAAACUGCGCCACCUUCGACUCACCCGACGAGCUACCCUACCUCACGAUUCCCUCACGCUGGGCGCGCUUAUUCCCUUCGCUGCGUUUUGCCCUGACCUGCACCAUCUUGAAACUUGUGUCAAUGCCUCGGCCGACAUUCCCGCAGCAUCCAACGCAGUCCCCUUCCAAUCAUUACAACUGCUUCACCUCGGCUAUUCUUCCAUUUCCGAUACACAGCCUGUAGCCCAAUUUCUAUCUCGCUCGCUUCCGGACGAUUGCGCAAUGGCGGCUGGUGACGAUACCAUCACGAAUCUCGUCGUCUCACACGGUUCAUCGACGGGUUGGAACGGCCAAAAGUCGUGGAAGGAGGUGAAGAAUACUGUGUCAUUGGUGGCAGAGGAGAGGAGGCGCACUCGCACGGAAGUCGCGCGGUCGAUGGAGGAGAGGUUGUCGUUGUUGCAGCUGGAGGCGGAGCGGUUGAGAUCUGAGUUGAGCCGAAGAAAGGACGAGAUGGACACCUUUGACGACCUGAGCACGAUUUACUAGUCAAUGAUAGAUCGUUGCCAAAAGGUCAAUGCCCUCGGUCCCACAAACCGGCGUCGUAUUCC